AUGAAAGGGCUUGCGGUGGAACUUGAUAUCCAGUCGACAGUCAAACUCGACGACUAUCAGACCAAUCUGAACUUUGUGCAAAAGCCUGUGCCAACAGAUACAGACAGGUCUGUUCUUUAUUUGAUCGGCCCUGUCGGUGCUCCUAUUGUACAGAAUCUUGUGAAUCAAGCCACGCUCGCCUUCCAGGUCGCCAAUGUUUCUCGAAUGACUGACAAAGGCUUCCAUCUGAAUUUAGAGGGGUCAUUGCUAGGCACCGGGCCUUUUGACGCACAAAUUGAAUUCCCCGAGGGUGUGAGUGUUCGCUGGCAAGGCAAGGACAUCGCGACAAUCAAACUGCCACCCAUCCGUGCGGUUGCUACAGAGGGCGUGCCUAACUUAAUAACUUCUGGUGAUCUUACGAUCACCAAUGAAGGUGAAUUCACUAACUUUGCAAAGUUCAUCUUGCACGGCAAGAGUUUUACUUGGACGAUUCAUUCGGACAAGCUCCGUGUUCGCGCAUUGAACAUUGUGUUUGACAAAGUGAAAAUCAGCAAAGAUGUUUCGUUUGAUGCUUUUAACAAUUUACCAGGUGUGGGCAUUACAUCCUUCGAUAUUCCCAGUGACACUUCCAAUGCGUUGAACAUUGUCGCAGGCACAAGCAUUCCUUCGCCAGCGUCUUUAGGUAUCGAUCUUGAAACAGCCAAUUUCAAGAUAUUUUUUCGUAACCAAUAUCAAGGACCCAUUCAUGGUUCUAACCUCUUCCUGGCUCCACAUGCUACUACCAAUGCGAAUCUACAAGGGCAAAUCACUCAGAAAAAGGGCAAUACACAGACCAAUACAACUGGCGAGUUGUUUUCGGGUAGUGACGAAGGAGAACGGCAACAAGCCGGUCAAGUGGCUUUCUAA